UGGACCCCAUUUCUGUGCCUCAGUUACUCAUUUGGUAUUCGAAAUUCCGCUUCCCCUUGAAUUAAACAACAGGUAAACCCAUAAGUUGCAAGGAGAGAUGCCCCGCAGACCAAGGAGCGCUUCUACCAAAUCGAGCACCGAAGGUUGCUCCCAGGCGGCGCUGCCCACCAUUCGCAGCUCAAAAGUCCCCUUUCAGGAUGUGGCUGCUCACGCAGCGGGCGUGGCAGCAGGAUCGGCAGUGGGACACGCGAUUGGCGCGGGGAUAACAGGAUUGUUCAAAGGACGUGGGGAUCCGCACCGGCACAGCGAACUAGUCGAGGAGGGACCUUGCGCCAAGGAAAUGAGGCAGUUCCUCAAGUGCACCGAGGAGAAUCAAGAUCUCAACGUGUGCAGGGAGUUCAACGAUGCGGUGCGACGUUGUCAUCGUCAGUACAACAUUUAGACCAUAAGAAAUCAUUUGACAGUCAAUAAUUUAAAUUAUAAUGAUCAUUCGAAAAGUUUGUUAAAAA